ACUCAAAGUGCACUGAUUUCAGACAAUCACCCGGGUAUCUUUUUUUUGCCUAAAAGCAAACAGAAAACAAAUCCUAAAGCAUUGACAGUGAUAUUUGUCCCGCAGGAUCCUGGUGGAGAGACUGCUGCUGAAUGGGAGUCCACAGGGAGUCUGGGAAUUUUCCUACAGGAAUUUGCUUUACCACAGAAGUGUCCUCUUGGACAAUGGAAGAUAACAACAGCAGUAAACGAUGCGACUGAUGAGAAAGUGUUCACUGUGGAAGAGCCUGUUGCAGAGGUUCCUCAGUUCGAAGUGUUGGUCAAGUCGUCUCCAUGGGUCCUCGCUGGACAUGACAUUUCUGGAUCAGUUCGAGCGCUUUAUCGCAGUGGACAACCGGUUCAAGGAACUUUAGAGGUUAAUCUAACCUACACUUCAGCUACAAGCAGCACGCCGUCUAUAGUGCAGCUCAAACAAACCAAAACAAUUUAUGGAUCGGCACAAUUCUUCUUCAGCAAAGACCAAUUUCAGACUCUGCAAUCUACGGCAGGCAGCAGGGAUCAGGUCAUAGUGCACAUCGCUGCCCGUGUUCAUGACAGCUCCACAGGAUCUGAAGUGAACAAAGCAGCUGAAGUCCGCCUCACUCACACCCCCUACCAGCUUCACUUCCUCCAUUUUUCACAACCCUUAAAACCGUCUUUAGACUUCUCUGCACGACUUCAGAUAACUAGAUAUGACAAAAGUCCUCUUAGCUUGGAGGAGCUGCUGACCUCUGCAGUGGUUGAAGUCACUCAGUCAGACGCUUCUAAGAACGCCAAAAACACAACUCUGAUGUUUCCUGUGUCCGAGAACGGGACUGUCAACGUUCAGUUUAAACUCCAGGAACAAAUUGCAACACUUUUUAUUGUGGUCAAAUUCAGAUCCAGUCUGCAGAGUCUGACGCUCUACAACAACCACUCCUCCCCGAGCGGCUCAUACGUUCAGAUCUCUCAUGACAGUGAAACACCUGCCCAGAUUGGGUCAGCCCUUCAACUCAAUGUGGAGAGUACUUUCAAACUGGGGAGACUUCAGUAUGUGGUGAGCUCCAAGGGUCAGGUGGUGGCAGCUGGAACCAAAAACUCCUCGACUUUCAGCCUGACUCCAGAUCUCUCCUGGUCCCCGUUGGCCUGCGUCACUGUCUACUGCCUAACGUCUGAUGGAGAGCUCAUCAGUCAUUCUGUGUUUAUACCUAUCCAGAAACCCAACCUGGUAACUCUAAACUGGAGCAAAGAGAAGGCUCAGCCAGGUGAGGAAGUGUCGCUCACUGUGGCUACAACUGAAUCUAAAGUUCAGGUUGGAAUUGUGGUCACGGGGACAGACAGUAAUACGCUUCAGUCUGCUCCAGAUUCCAUGCUCGAACAGACUUGCAAUCUGAAGAUGAUGACCAAUGUGAGAUUGAAUACAAACAUGUUCCAGGAUAAACCGAAAUAUGAUACAGAGGCACAGGUGCAGAAGUACCUGAGCUACUGGAUGGACGAAACUGACUCUGUUGCCUGGUUUGACACUUUUGUAAAUGAUAAGUCAUCGACCAGUGAGAAAAUCACAGUUCCUGGUGGUGUGACUUCUCUGGGAGCUUUUGCUCUGGUCAUGUCAGAGAAUCUGGGUUUGGGUUUCACUCCUGUCCCACAAAAGCUGACAGUAUCCAAAGACUUCUCCUUGUCUGUUGUUGCCCCUCCACACAUCAUCAGAGGAGAGGAGAUAGUCCUGGAAGCAAAGAUCUUCAACUAUUUAGAGCAGGACCUUGAGGUCAUUGUGUUGCUCGCUCAGAGUGAAGCUUUCAAAUUUGUUUUGAGCAAUCCAAGACACAUGUCUGUGAUAAAUGCCAAGCAGUUCACCAUAGGAAGUCGUGCUUCGGGCUCGGCCUUGUUUCCCAUAGAGCCUUUGGUUCUGGGUGAGACGGAAAUAUCAGUAGAAGCUAUAUCUAUGGACGCUUCGGACAGCAUUGUUUGGAAGUUAAUGGUGAAGCCUGAAGGAAUUGAGCAGUCCUCCUCUCAGACUCUCUUCCUGGAGCUGGCGCCACAGUCAGACAGCAACUCCAGAUCCAUCUCUUUCUCCUUUCCACCACACGUGGUACCGGGCAGCCAGAUGGCUCGUGUGGCUUUGGGCGGUGAUAUCUUAGCGUUGUCCAUCAACAACUUGGAUUCGCUGGUCCAGGUCCCAACUGGAUACUAA